AUGGGGCCUCUUAUCUCUUGGCUGGAGUCAAGUCCUGUUAACCAGAGUACUACAAAGAUUAGUAAUCCCGAUCUGGACUCCUUUGUUUGUUGUGCUGUAUGUUCUCGAGUGGUACCACCACCACCUUCCAAGGCUACUGUUGAUCGGAUUCGGAAGUAUAAGCCUUUCAGAACACGAUAUUACACUCAUCGUGAUAUACUGGAGAUUGGAGCAGACAUUCAACAACAACAACAUGAAGAGAAAGAAGCAGAGAUACAAGAGCGCAUUGAAAAAAUGAAAGCUGAACUUUGGUCUCAGGCUGAAAUGCACAAGGAAUGUGCAGUGGAAAAAGCUCUCAAAGAGGCAGCUGCUAACCACGAUGCAUUUGUCCAAGACCUUAAAAAAAAACAUUGAAAGGAAUUAAGGAAAGAGGUAAGGAAGGUGAAGACAGAGAUGCAGCAGUACACGGAGGAUGAACAGAAGAGAAAUGCUGAAGCUGCAGAGCAGCGUAUGGCUCAUAGACUUCAGCGCAUCCUCAUGGAGUGUGCCCAGGAGAAGAUGCAAGCGGUGGCCGAAGCCAGGAAACAGGAGAGGGAGGAAGCAGCCAGGCAGCACAGAAAGCACUUAAAGCAACUCAAAGAAGAAAGUAUGUUCGCUCAGGAACUUUGUUGUAAGAGUAUAGAGCAAUUAAUCAAAGAAAAAUGUCACAAGAUUAAUAUUGCCCUGAGUAUCACAGGAAAAGAGUAUCAGACUGAGACUGAAAAACAGCUGGAAGAAGGAGAGAUCCUAAAUCUUGAUAAGCUGGGAAAAGUGAUGACUGUGCUGAAAGCAGCAGCAGAACAGGUAAAGGCUUUCACGCAAGAACUGGAGAAGACAGAUUGGAAUGACAGCCUGGAAACUGAAAUGCAAGCAACAAGACAAGCUUUUCAAAAGUAUAUGGAUACCACACUUCCUAACCUGUCCCCUGGACAAUCAGAUUCUGUUCUGCCACUCAGAGAAGCAUUUGAGCAGAAGGACACCCCAGAAGAAGAAGAGGAUGGUGACUAGGAAUAUAGGAGAACUAGUAGUAGAACUGUGAGAUUCACAGCCACGGGUAAACAGAACUACAAAUAG